AUGACGCUCACGCGCAUCGCGACCUUCAAGCUACGCAGUGCACACAUCCCACACCACGUGAAGAGCUACGACAUGCGCAACGCUUUCGGCACAGGCGACACUGACCAAGUACUGGCAGCACAUCGUGUACGCACCGACGACCCCCACUUUGAGGACAUGCUCACGCAACAUCGACUCGGCGCCACCAUGCGCAUCGAUGCCAGCGACGACAUAAUCGGGCUCCACCCAUGUAGUGGAGGCCGCAUGGGCGACAGCAACGAGCCCGAGCUCUUCAUGGAAUCCUUCUAUCCACUAAUCAUCGACUGGGACCAGGAGACAUUAGUACGACUCGCCACCAGCAGCGCCACCAGGCAGGCCGAACGACAACUCAGCGGCACAUGCAUGACCAUUCUUAUCCACCUCGGCUCCUACAUCCAUGUCGACGGCUACGACGCCCGCGAGGACCUCCUCAGUGCCCUUGCGGCCCCCAUCAGCGACGACCUCCGUGGCCUCUGGGACAUUGACGACGACAUUCGGAAGAUUUUCAGGGGCCCCGAGAUCCAGGGGGCAUUCCAGCAGAUCGAUUUCAGCUACCUACGGCAGGCGUACGUCUCGCAGUCUUGGGCCCCGCCAGGUCAUCACUACUUGCCACCCGAGACCCCUCUGGGAGACCCCGACAGCGACCCCAAGGAUCCGAACCCGUUCGUCUGCAACAUCGAGGGCUGCAUCAAGGUCGAGGGGACCAAGGGCAACAAGGGCCAACCGACGCCAGCAGCGGAUCAGGAGGACGACGACAUGGACGUGGAAGAGCAACAGAACGAGUCGCGCCGUGCUCGACGCAGAGGACAGCACACCGACAAGCAGUGGACGAACAAAGACAAGAACAUGCAGAUGCUGCUCACCUCGCUGAUGACACUCACACUCCAGAACACUCAGAACAUACGGAUGAUCAUGUGCACGGUGGCCGACACAUGGACGCUACCAAUCAACAGCCCGACAGUCUCCCACAUCUCGACGGAGCUCGAGGGCUUCAAGACACGGGUCAACAACUACCGCGCCAACAAGGACACCGAGGCGCUCAAAAUGCUAGGCCCACCGACCCCCGCACUCGCCCUUGCCAUAUUGGAGGGGCUAUUGACAUGCGAAGUGGGAGGUCGAGUUCGCAAAGAGAUCGAAGAGUACCUCGAGAAAUUCCAGCCAGAGGACCCUCAGCUCGAGCCACUGAUCGACGUAGAGACCCUCCAGACCGAAGUCGCCUUCCUGCGCAUCGACAAGACCCACGACCCGAACACCGCCAAGCUGAUCCUUGGCGCCAAGGACUGGCAGGGCCGAGGCCGCCAGCGGUUGCCGCGAAAGUCGCCGCCGCCGAAGCCGGCGGGCGUGGCCGCCCGCACCGCCGACGGCCUGAGGACCCAGCCAUUCCUUGUGGCCCCGCACGCGCGCGGGCGGCUGCUGGACGAGAAGGUCGGCUUCCUGUGCCGGCGGGACCUCUGCCAGUGGGACGCGCAGCGCGUCGGGGCUCCCGAGCGCUCCUGGCCCAGCCGCGGCGCCGCUGUGCCGGCGGCGGAGCUGUACGACCGCCGGCGCGAGGGAUGCCCCGAGUGGCUGCCCACGCGCAGGGUCCCGUCGGUGGAGGAAGGUGCCCGGCGCCUGGCGGAGGACCCCCCGCCGGUGCGCUCGCCGCGGAAGGCCCCCAGCCGGCCGACGUCCGCGCUGCCCAGCCGCGCCUCCAGCCGGCCGACGUCCGCGCUGCCCAGCCGCGCCCCCAGCCGGGCGACGUCCGCGCUGCCGGGGCGGGCGCCCAGCCCUUCUUCUGCGCUGCCCAGCCGGCCGUCCUCGGCACUGCGUCUCGUGAACCGGCCAGCGUCGGCGAGCCGCUCGGCGAUGAGCUUCUCCUGCUCGGCGCCGUCAGAGGCGCGCCCGCUGGGCUCGAGUCCCCGCAGGCGCCCGCCGGGGGCGCCGCGGCAGUCACAGCGUCCUGCAGCGUGCCCCUGGUGCCGCUGGGCCGAGCCCGGCGUCUGCGCCGGCUGCGCCGCUGGCUGACGGCCUCCUCCCCUCGCCGCGGGCCGCGAGCCCCGCCUGGAUCGGAGAUCGGCACGUUGUCAAACGACGAGGAGGAGAAGGAGGAGGAGAAGGGGGCAAGCUCUGACUCCGCGGGGCGCGUGCGGCCGCGGUGCUUUUCCCGCCUCUCGCGGGCGCCGCGCGCGACGCGCCGGCCACUGCUCCUUGGCGCGACUCCGCGUGACUGCCCGGCGUCCUCGCCGAAAGAAG